AUGCCUCGGCAACCGAGCAUAUUUGGCAUGCGAGUCGAGCUACCGGCCGACGACCCAUUCGGAUAUGAUAAACAUGGUGUGUGCAUUGUCACUCCAGAAGAGCAAUUCAAGGUGGUAAUCUACGGAAAUCAUUUGGACAAGAUCGCUCAGCUGAUCUUCACGCCGACGAACAGCUGCAGCGACGGCAAGCACGUCAUUGACGCUGCCAACGACUUCAUCGUGCACUUCACGCAUAAACUUGACGACAUCUCAACGUGGAUAACUACUGAGAAACCACCAAAGGAGUAUUUUCUACCUCUGCCGAUGCAGAUAACAGUGAUCGCAUUUCUUCUGUGUCUAUCGGCACUAUUUUCCGGUCUCACACUCGGCCUCAUGUCACUUACGCCUCAAGAGCUCGAACUGGUCAUGAAGGCUGGCUCUCCGAGUGAGCAAAAAUACGCGUCUGUCAUUCUUCCAGUGAGGAAAAAAGGAAAUCUUUUGCUUUGCGCUCUUCUGCUUGGGAAUGUGAUUGUGAACGCUGCGAUAUCAAUUCUUUUCGGUGAGCUGACGACUGGUCUUCUUGCACUGCUCAUCUCAUCGUUGGGAAUCGUGAUUUUCGGCGAAAUCGUGCCGCAGAGUAUUUGUGUGAAGAAGGGACUUGCUGUUGGAGCUCACACGAUUAUGAUCACUCAAAUUUUCAUAUUCAUUACUUUUCCGAUCGCCUGGCCGAUUAGCAAACUACUCGACUACCUUCUCGGGGAUGAAUACCAAGCGUACGAUCGUAAACGUCUAAUGGAGUUGAUUCGAAUGUCAAUGAGAAACGACAAUGGCCAGUUGUCCAAUGAGUUGAAAAUCGCUGUUGGAGCCAUGGAGAUCGCUGACAAGGUAGCCGAAGACGUCAUGACGAGGCUGGCGGAUGUGUUCAUGGUUCCCGACACGACUGUACUAAACACGAAGAUGGUUGCUGAGAUUGUCCGCAUGGGUUACACCAGAAUUCCCGUUUACUCGAACGGCGACAGAAACAACGUCACCGAUAUUUUGUUUGUUAAGGAUCUUGCGUUACUGGAUCCGGACGAUAACUUCACAGUGAAAACUGUCUGUGGCUACCAUCGGCAUCCCGUGAAAUUCGUCCUUAACGACACACCACUGAAUAUUCUAUUGGAAGCGUUUAAGAAAGGAGAAGGUCAUUUAGCUAUGGUCAAGAAACUCGUCCAUGAAGAGGAUUGCGAUCCCUCUUACGAAUUGGUGGGCGUGGUUACACUCGAGGACAUUGUCGAGGAGAUAUUGCAGGCAGAGAUCAACGACGAAUUUGAUGUUGUUUCGGACAACGUCAACAAGAUCAAGAGAAAGAAUCUUCAGCAACGCGACAUGUCGAAAAUGCUCGACAAGGAGGCGCCACAGACUCAGAUUUCUCUCCAGAUACAAAUGGUUGCCCUGCAGUGGCUGGUCGCCAACGAGGAAGCAUUCUCACAACAGUACAUCGACACCAACGUGCUGGAGCGCCUCAUAAGGACUACCGCUAGAAGAGUGGACAUCUCGGCAUUGAUGGCAAUUUCUCAUGAUGUAGUGAAUGUGCCCAGACUCGCGAAACUCUACACCAAAAACGAGUUCAGUGAUCGCUUUGUCCUUAUUCUUGAGGGUCGAGUAGAGGUGACAAUCGGCCAAAGCGGAAUGGUUUUCGAAGCCGGCCCUUGGCACUGCUUUGGUAGCGAGAUACUGAAAAAACUUGUUCAAGAAGCAGCGGCAUUGAGUCGCAGUACUUCCAUAGUUGAUACUAGCGAUCUAUCUUGUCGUCGACCAGAUUUGAUGUUCAAACCUGACUAUUCGGUGGUCGUCACGGAAGACUGCACGUAUCUGGACGUCAACGUCGCCGCGUACAUCAACGCCUACAAAUCUACACUGAUGCAGCGGGAGAAAUGAUGUGUGAAAAACAAUGCUUUGUCAUAUCAGUCGGCUCCCAUACUCGAUCCGACAGCAAUGCUUGUGCCGGAAAGUGUGCGAAAUUCUAUCAUCGAAGCGAAGGAAGCAGUGAAGCAAUUGAAUUCAAGAGAAAACGGAUCUGCGCACGAGAGUGAGGAGGAAAUGCAUCUGUUGUCUGGAGUGAAACUCGCCGAUAGCAAUUAA